AUGGAUCAUUUCAACACUCGGGUAGCGUACGUGAGGGUGGACAACUUGCCUCCAGGCAAAAACUGGCGCCAGGUCAAGUAUAUGGUCGGGGGCAUGAUUCACCACUCUUGUAUUCUCCAAGUGAAAAUGCUGCCUCCAGUACAGUCGAUCGUUCCGCCGUUCAUGCCGUUCCAGAGCUGCAUAGUGUCGCUGAAAAAGUCGGAAACGCAGUUGAACCGGUUGUUGAUGGAGCUCAACGGGUAUACCUGGGAGUAUUACAGGCUCAUGGCGUAUGCUGUGCCUCCAUUGCACGUCUCAGACGGCGCUGGAUUCCUUGCGGGGCCUCCCGGUAGAAGUGCUGCUGCGAUGUUGGACCCCAUGAGUCCACCGGGCUCUAUCGGAAUGGCAAGUCAUGGCGGCGACGUGGCGACUGCAUCCGCACAUAUGAUGAUGCCCUUUGCGCCCAUGCCUCCCAUCCCUUCAAUGUAUUUCUCAGGGCCACCACCACCACAGUCAAUCUCCCAGGAGAACUACAUAAGACAGCCUAACCAACAGCAUGGUCGGAAAAUGCGCCAAGUUUUCAGCGAGGAAAGCUUCCGCAGACAAAUGAGUUCCAGAGGCAUGCACCAAUUGUUGCUAGAAGGCUUUCCGCCGUGUCUACAUUGGGAUGUCAAUGGCGCAUACGGUUUGCAUCCUAAAGACACAAGUGCUUCACAAAAUAGCACAGCAGUUCAGAUAAGGACCAGUCAUCCCGAGAGCUACGGAAAGCUCAAAUGGACGGUACUGAAAGAUUUUAUCAAGCUCAAAUGCCGAAAGCUUUUAGAAAUGGAGAGUAGCGCCACCGCAGCUAAUACCAGAGAGUUUUAUGUGGGAGUGUACGAGGACGCCGAAAUAGAGGUCGAUGUUGAGAUCGUGGAAGCGCAAGAAGAGAAAAAAUCCACUCCACAAAACACAGAUCCCAAGAAUGAGAUUGAUAUGCAGCAAAAGGAUAGCACAGAGCCAAGCGACGAGAUAAGCAAAGUAAGUGAAGAUCUUGAGAACCUCGAUUUGAAUACGGGCCACCGUGUGGUAUCGGCCACCGUAUACAAAGCCAUUGUUGGGUUCCAUGCGCGAGAGCUUUGUGACGCUUGCGCGGAGAGUUUACAGAAUCAGGAGUAUUCAUUAGGGUAUAGGUUGAAAGUUAACGAACUCUCCCCACUGGAGUAUUGA